AUGCCUCCGCGAACGACACUCCUAGACCUCCCUAAUGAACUUCUAGUCCCAAUCUUAGCAGAUGUUGUGGCUGUUAUCAAGCCCCAAGAAACAAUCCGCAGUGGGAUCGUCCAGCUUAGUUGGACAUGUCGACGAUUCCAUCAGGUUAUGCAAUAUUUCCUAGAAUCGACAUGCUACGUUGGGGUUUCAAUACCAGUGAGGCAGCCGGUGGCUGGUGCUACAGUGCCCAUUACAGUUGGGAAAGCCGUGAAUAUCAGCUACCGGCUUUUGAAGCAUAAUACUAAAGGAGCACGCGGUCCCUUUGUGAAAAAAUUAGACAUCUACGGCGGUUUCCGGAAAACUUAUACUGAGUACCAAGACAGCCAGAACCGAUUGUCUAAUACUUCAACAUCAAGCUGUGACAGUCGGGAUGCGCUGGAAUCUGAGCUUGACCUCUCAACUAAAAUGUUAAACACAGUCUACGAAGAUCUGAUCAAAGGAUUUCAGAACUUAACAAUCGCCUCACUACAGAAUACUCCGGAAAGUCUGUUUAUUCACCUAAUUCCAGGACUACAAACCAUUCUAGAGCAUUGUCCUCUUUUGGCGGAACUCAAACUCUUGUUUAUCAUCUCACAAGAAGGUGGCGGUUAUCUCGAAAGCAUAUAUAGGGCAUUACCUGAUAACAAUUCCACAACCACCGCAAAUUUAAAAGCCCUAGAUAUAUCAAUUAUAGAGGAAAACCCACCCUUGUGGAAAGUUGUGUCAGAUGAUUCGGACGACAAUGCCAGGAGUCGUAUAUAUCCAGUCGAAAUACUAGGCAGGGUAUUUGGCACUUCGAUAGCCUCGGUUCGUACCUUCAAAAUCGAUUAUAUUGUAAACGGAAUUGGUUUAUAUUCUUCAGAGACCACGGAUCCCCCAGAAAAAUGGAACAUGCCUGCGCUCAAGGCCCUGCAAUUCCCUAUCCUGAGUGAGACAACCAACAGGUUCCUGGCGGAAUUUUGCGAAAUCGACUAUGCUCGUAUCGAAGAACUAACACUCGACGGGAUGACGGUCGGAAAUUUGGAUCCGGAUAAUCCAGAUAAUCUCCCGGCCCGGAACGCCGUGGCGUUAGUCCGCCAAUGUUCGGGCCUAAAAUUCCUGGAGAUCGAAGCCCUGAGCGCUCGUAAUCUUCCUUGGAUCAUCUUUGUCCUCAAUCUGGAUGUCCCAUCGGUCUUCCCCGCGUUGAGGAGUCUUCAGGUUCGAAUAAGAUCACACUUUCGGAGCGAAUUGACAUCUAUGCAAACGACGAGUCUACAACGUUCACUAGUGACUUUUGCAUUUAAGUAUGGAACUGACAUUAGAAGAAUUUGGAAACAUGAAGGGACUUUAAACGUUGAAGAGAUAUACCCCCUCUCUAUAUUGUGA